CACACGACAUGUUGAGCGUUAUAACUCAUUUUGAUGAAGCACAAAGCUAUUCGGAGGUGAGGCAUGGGGUGAUUGGCAACGAGGAGAGUCGAUAUCUUGGCAAUGGCCAGUUGUAUGGGGUAGAAUUUCGGUUCAAUGGGUGUGUGAUCAUGGGUGAGUGGGCGGGCGGGAAGGGACUCAUGCAGUGCAUCAUUAACGAAUUUUGGGUAAAGAAAGCUUUGGGUUUGUUCUGUUUGGAUCCAUCACGUACGCUAAAUGAUGUCGCUUUUGAAGCAAGGAAAGGGGGAAAAAGUGAAAAUUGGAUGACAAAGCAGCAAAAGGGACCAAUUGUUUUGGUAUUGCACAAGCUUGCACGUAUGUUGUGUGUAAUUAUUGUUUUAUGGAUAUUAAAUUGAUUUUCUUUACUAUUCCUGAAAUCUAAUAAAUGUGGCGAUAACAUAUGUUAAAAUUAUGUUACUGAGUUUGACGUGCA